AUGGCAUCAUUCAUGCAAAUUAAAGGACUAAGCAAGUCUACUCCUAACAUUCUUCGGCAGGCUAAGAAGGGAAACUUUGAUGAAGUUUUUCAAAAUUCUGAGCAACUUCUCGCAUCUCAAAAUGCCAAAGAAGAAGACAUUCCCAGCCCAGACCUCACUGUAAAUUUGAAAUCUCUGUCAAGUAUUUAUUUAGAUUCAAAUCCUAAGUUUAUUGAGCUCAAAAAGAAGCUGGAAUUAUAUUAUUUAGAUAUAAGAAGAGAAAACCCUAGACUCCAUCCCCAGAGAUCAGCACAUUGAAAGAAACUGCUGUAUUCGUCGCUUCACAAACUUUUAAACGAAUGCAUGUUUACCCAAACAAGAAGCUUACAAAUCCAGUAUCUAAACAAAGUUUAUGAGUGGUACAUGGAAAAAAUUGGUGUAGAAAACAGAAUCAAAGAAACGCCUACAGAAAACUUGAUAACUAUAACUACAGAACAAGGAGAAUUCAACGCAGAAUCUGCAGUUCCUGAAAUCACUAGUCCUACUUAUGACAAGCUUUCUCAGUAUAGCCGCAGACACAUUAGUUCAGCUCAAAGCUUAAGACCGCAAACUGCUCCUAUAGAAACCCCUAAAUGACUGGAAAGCAGGCCUACAAGUGCUUUUAAACCUCCAAUUUUAGCUUAUACAGGAUUAAGUGAACCUAUAGCUGCAAAGCCAUUGCCAGAUUUCAAAACAACAUUUGUGAAUUAUAGAAUUUCCCCAUAGAUGGCGCUGUUUGCCCUUGAUUUGCCCACUAGGAAAAUUUUUUGGUUUGACCAAACCAUAUGGUACUGAUCGAACCAAAAAAUUUUCCCAGUGGGCAAAUCAAGGGCAAACAGCGCCAUCUAUGGGGAAAUUCUAUACCAGCCUUUAGGAGAAGAAGCUGAAAUUCAAAUGGAAAAGAGAUAUCAAGUGUUCAGGCAAAAAGAUUUGGAAGAAAAAAGGCUUAGAGAUGAAAUGAGUCAAAAAGUUUUAGAAUGGACGAUAUCGAAGUCGAAAAGGGCUGAAGAACAGAUGAGGAGAAACGAAAGCUUUAAAUUUGCUUCAAAAUUCGAGCAGCGAGCUUUUAUGCCCAGCAGGCCACAGACUGCAAAUUCUGAUUUAUUUUCAAAAGUUUCUGUUGUCGAUUUAUCAAGACAUGAUAUAGCAAAUGAUGUAAUAAACGAAGCAUCCCAGCACCAAGAAAAUGGUUUACCUCAAAUUGAAGAAUCUUUACCUUUUCAUAAAUUGUCCAAAGUCACUUCUUUCAGAAAAUUGCAUGGAAAACUUAUAGACACUGAAGAAUCUGCUGAAGGUCUAUUAAUUCAAGACCCCAAUGCAGUAGUUUUAAGUGCGUACUCCCAUAUCAAAACAAUCCCAGAAACUACAAAAAAUGAAUCAAUAAGACCAAAAACAGCAGGAUCAUUAGUAUUCACUAGAAGUGCUUCAGUUACAAAUAUAGCCCCAUAUUCACGCCCAGUAACAGCUUCAAUGGCGAAACAAGUUGAAGAGGUCUACGAAGUCAAACAAAGACUUGCAACUAAAAGCAUUUUCUGCUCAAUGGACGACAUGCGAUAUGCCUUGCUUUCUCCUGAAGAUCUUCCUCCAGAGCAGCUUAAUUUCAGAUGCUUCCCUAAGCCAGGCGCAGGGCUUCUUAUAAACCCCUUCAUAAAAAUUGGUGGCAAAAAGAAGAAAAAGAAAGGUAAAAAAGGCAAAAAAGGGAAAGCUAAGAAGUAA